CUUCGAUAUAAAAGAGCAGAAUGCAUCUCGAGUUGCAUUUAGUUUCGGUUUGGGCAUUGCACUAGAACACGAGCAUGACUGGCAAGGGAAAUAGCAGACAAGCCUGGCUGCUGGCCUUAACUGCAAUUGCAACUGCAAUUGUAGAUGUGACUGCGACAGCAGUGGAUCACGAGAGGAUGCUGUGCGCCAAUGAUAACACGCCCAUCUGCGGGCGCAGUCAAGGCACAUAUUUGCUGUUCAAGAACGAGUGCGAUUUGAGGAAUGCGCAGCGCGAGAAUCUCAUGGGCGUACCCAUAUUUGAUGUCGCGCUGCACUAUUGUCUGCCCGACUGCGACUUCGAGUGCGAUGCUGCUUCCCAGCCCGUUUGCGGCGUGAGCGUGGCUUCGGGCGAGCGCAGGAGCUUUAGGAAUCGCUGUGAAAUGAUGCGCGCCGCGUGCCGCAGCAAAUCCGACUGGCUGGUCCAGAUGUGGGGCCCGUGUCCUCGCGGCCAGCGGCAGCCCAAGCAGCCGGCGCACACGGUGCUCGUGGGCCAGCGCAGGCGUCGCCGGCCCAUACCCUGCACAAACGUGUAUCGGCCGGUGUGCGCCAGCUAUGCGGGCGUCAAGUCAACCUUCUCGAACGAGUGCCUGGUCAACGCGGAGAACAUACGCACCCGAAGAAAUUGGCGCAUCAUCUCGGAGGGCAUGUGCGGCGAGGACAGCACCAAGAUGAAGCACAAUCGCAAGUGGAAGCCAAUGGCCAAGGCCAAUGCCAAGCCCAAGUCCGAAUCGCAGAUGAUGGAGCGCAGCAAGCGCAGUCACCAGCUGCAGCAGCAGCAGCAGCUUAAUCAGCUGGACGAGGACUUUGAGCUGUCGGAGGAUGCGGUGCAAAUCUUUGCGCCCUCCACAUUUCACACGCAAUUCAUCAGCAACACGGGCACCAUGGAGAAGAGCUACUCCCUGCCCGCCCGCCAGCCCCAGGCCCAGCCACAGGCCCAGCCCAGGCGUCUCUAUGGCAGCACAGCUAAAAUCCGCAAUGGGCAGAAGCAGGGGCAGAGCUCAAAGCCGUGCGUGUUCAGUAAUGAACCCGUCUGCGGCAGCUUCAAUGGCGAGAGCCGCACUUUUGCCCAUGUGUGCGCUCUGAUGGAGCACAGCCAAGCGGCGGGCAAUGCAUGGACCAUUCUGUACGAGGGCCGCUGCCGACGCUGCGAUAAGCCCUGCCCCAGCGCGUACAGCCCGAUUUGCGCCAAUCGCAAUGGCAUUAGCUACACCAUCAUCAACGAGUGCUAUCUGGAGCGAGUGCGCUGCAAGGAUCCGAAUAGCGAUUGGAAGAUCACGCACAAAGGCGAGUGCGCCCCGCCCGCCGAGGAGGUGGCCCACGGCUUACCUCCGCCCAGCCCCAAGCCAAUGGCAUAUCGCAUUCCCCACAUGCUCUAUGCAGCCAGCAGUGCCAGCUCCAGCUCCAGCUCCAGCUCAUCCACAACCACAACCACUCCUAGAUCAAGCGCGUUGACCAGGACAAGCACAUCUACUCCAGGACCACGUCGCCUGCUGAGGAAGCCCAAGCGUCCGACGCCCACGCCCAAGGAUCUGAGCAAUCGCAAGAUACGCAAAAUCGAGCUACACAAUUUCGAAGGCUUCGAUGCGCAGCCCAUUAAGGCGCCAGCUACAAGCAAAUUGUGGAGCUCAAAGAAUAGCUGGCAGGCGACAGACAAUGUCAAGGACGCGCUCACAAAGAGAGUCCAUCAUAAAAAGGCGCACAGCUGGCCUUACAACUGGCCUCUGCCACUGGCCACGCCCCUGUCACUGCGCACAACAACAACGCCAGCACCGCUGAACACGCUGCCGGGCAUUUCGGAGGCGCAGUUGCUCAAUUUCGAUCUCAAAUCUGCGGCGGAUAUCUUUGGCGAAAUCGAGGCCGACACAGAAAUACUCUUCAUGAUGGACAGCACAGCCGCAACAGCGCGAGCAGCCGCAACGGAGGCCACAACAAGUGCUUCUACGGCGUCAACAAGCACAGCUGUGCCGACGACCGCGUCGCCCGCAACCACAACAACAGCAAAAUCAACAACAACAGCAACAACGAGAACAACAACAACAGUUGCAGCCAUCAGCUCUGAAGACACGACUGAAAACACAGCUCAAAAAGAAACAGAGGCAUCUGUUAUUGACAUUUCCACCAGCAGCAAAAGCCUUGAUGAAACCACCAGCGAGUUCCUUGAUCCAAGCACAGCGGCAACAUCAACAGCUGCAGCAACAACACCAGCAACAGCAACAACAACUACAACAACAACAACAAACUCUGACAGCUCCAGUGGGAAGUCAAGCACUCCAAACCUGGACUACAUGUCGGAUGAGCCGCAGAGCACACAGAGUGGGCAUACCUCAAUAUACGGGCUCGAUAAGAACUCGCUGAUCAUGAAAUUGUUGCGGGCGCGAAGUGGUAAGAAUAUGGUCUUAUAAUCUGCCUGUUGAACAGCUUUUUAACUGUAAGUUAGCAAUUGUUUUUAUGGAGUCAGUGAUAUGAGUGCUCUGUGUGUUUUCUAGAUUUAACAAAUUAUUUAAGCAACAAUUAGCUUAAACAAUAAAUUGUUACAUUUUACAAAGAAACUUCGCUAGAAAUACCUAAA